CGGCGUUCGCUAACACUGAUUGUUUGUCAUUUGCGCAGCCAGAGGGGGAGGGAAACACCCUCAAUACGUAUUCUGAAAGGUAAUAUUGAAUGCCGCAAUGUGGGCAUAUUUUUACAUGCCGCUGAUGCCCAGGCCGUGGUUCUUGGAUAUGGUGGAACCACAUCUAUAAAAAUGACCCCCGAUGCCGCGAUGGCAUCGAUUUCUUAGAAACCAAGCUGCAACUAUAAAAGUAUGUGACCGCAGACGAUGCUAUACCCCACGAUGCAUGCAUUGUAUGGUGUCAACAGUCCAGCACCGCUUAUGGAGUCCGCCUUCCGGUGCACCCGGCUGCCACUGGCAGUACACUCUGAGAAGAUUGAAAGGGCACAGGUGUAAGGAGGACACUGACACUGGCAGUGACAACUUGAAGGGAUUUUCUCACACUGGUCACGUACCACUGGCAGCUUUUGACAAGUUGUCACGUGUUCAGGUGGACAUACGCGCCGACGCCGUGCUAACUUUAGUUUUCUCUCUUUCGACACCCUCAUCUCCUGCCGACGCUCACAAUGCAAUGUUGAUGACAGUCCAUGAGUCCAAGGUGAGUUCAAAAGUUAUCUGCUACCCGGGAUGGCUUAGCCGGUGGUUCUGCUCCUCAUCACCUCAUGCACAUGCAUCAUGGGCGGAUUCCUUGUGUCUGGCUUGGCAAGUCACGACAUCACAUUUUAACCCAGACGCACGCGCUACGUAUUGGUCCCGCGAGUGCCGAGCCCAGGGAUCUUGUGGCAUGCUACUAGGUUCUCUCUAGUA